GGUCUUUCACUCUGCACAACAAAAGGCAAACUGCCUGCAUGUCAACACAGGCUUCAGGGUGAAAAUUUCCUCAAGCGUCCUCCGGUUUGCUAAUUAUCUAGAAAAGCUGAAAAGACUCGCGCCUCCCAGCCAGGAGACGCCAAUUGUUGUGAAAUUAGACAACACUCGCAGACUCAUCCUCUAAAGGCCAAAAUGAGCCAGCAGCGCAGCAUGGCGCACAGCUUGCACGAGCGUACACUUGCAGAAUUCAGGCGACAGGAGGAGAGACGUGAGGAUCAGAACAGAUAUGUGACCAAAGAGAAACAGAUUGAGGCCAAUCUCAAGCAUGAAGAGAGAGCCGAGAUGAGAAAGUAUCUGCGCACGAUGCAAGACGAGGAGUACGAGAGACAAAUGGAGGAAGCUUACUUGAAGGCAGAGCAGGACAGGAUGUACAAGGAGAAGCUAUUGGAGCAGGAGGAGAGGAUGGCAAAAGAACUGGCCCGCAUAAGUUAUGAGAAAACUCGAGAUGAGAAAAUGAGGCAGCACAUCAAAGAAAACAGUGUGGAGAUUCGCGAGUUAGAGGCAAAGCUCAAGUCUGCUUACGUAAAUAGAGCGAGAGCAGCACAGAUAGCUGAGAAGGAGGCCAUGAGGUGUGAGGCCAUGAAGGAGCAAGCUGAUAUUGCACGCAGUAGGAAGAGUGAGCAGGAGCGAGCAGCCAUAGAGCAGGAGAAGCAGGAUCAGAGGCGCUAUGAGGAACUGGUUCGCUAUCAGCAGGAACUGGAGAAGCAGCUGGAGGAGAAGGAGAGGAAGAGACAGGAGUCCUAUGAGGAGUUCCUCAAGGAGAAACUCAUGGUGGAUGAAAUUGUGCGGAAGAUAUAUGAGGAGGAUCGCAUGAAGCAGGAGCUCCGGCUUGAAAUGGUCACGGCCACACAGCGAUACAUUCAGGAGUUCAAAAGGCAGCAAGCAGAGUGGAAGCGCCUGGAGCGAGAGAAAAUGGAGGAGGAGAACAGGCGCAUUUUGGAGUACACCAAAUACCAGGAGAGGAAAGAAGAGGACAGGAUGGCUAAUGCUAGACAGAGAGAGACAGCUAAAGAGAGCCUUCACAAGUUGCUAGCUGAGAAGAUGGAAGUGGAACAGAGGCAUCGUGAGGAGAUGGACCGUGUCCGUGAGGAGCUCUAUCUUGAGGAGCAGGAAGAGUUUGCCAGACAGAAAGAACUCGAAGAGAUGGAGCGGAGAAUCCGUCAGAGGCUGGAGCUGCAGCAGACGUGCCAGGAACAGCUGGCCUUCAAACAGCUGCGCCGUCAAGCCGAAAAGGACGAAGAGGAAGCGUUCAGGUUCACGAUGUUGGCCAAGUUCGCUGAAGACGACCGCAUUGAGCAGAUGAACGCUCAGAAGCGCCGCAUGAAGCAGCAGGAGCACAAACAUGCUGUGGAGAAGCUAAUAGAGGAGAGGAGGCAGAAGUACCUGCUUGAUAAGGAACGAGAGGCGGAAGAGCGAGCUUUGGAACAGGAGAGAGAAACUCUGCGCCGACAGAUCAUCGAGGAGGAGCGACUGAAGCUCCUCAAGCUCCAUGCUACAAAGCUGUUGGGGUACCUGCCAAAGGGAAUUUUCAGGGAGGAUGAUUUGGAUCAUUUUGACGAAAACUUCAAGAGCAGUUUCCGGAAACGUCAUUCUGACAUCUCCGGGGAGGGAGGUGGAGAUGCUGAGCAAUAACUCGUAUCUACUCGUGACCACUAGAUGGCAGACAUGAUUGAUUUUUUUCUGGUUUAUUUCAAUUGAUAGUUCUAAGAAAGAUUCAAACCAGCUUUUUGCAUUUUUAAAAACCCAUAAACCAGUUGAAUAAUCUGUUCAAGCCUUAAAUAAAAUUACAAAAACACUACAAGCAGAA